GACACGUGGACCGGGAAGUAGGAAGUAAAUAGUAGAGCUCCUGCAUUGCCGCUAGAAACAAGUCAACAAACCCCAAAUUAUAACACAUCCUUGCACGGUAGUAGUGUUAACGUGGGCGGAAAUACGUGAUAUCUUAGGGAUGCUAGGUUAGCGAUUAGUUUUAAAAGAUCGGAGUGGGAAUUGAGCUGUUUUAAUUCAUACGACAGAGACAGAAAGCAGCAUCAGCACACGAGUGGAACUUUUGACAGCAGGGCACCAUGCUGGAGGGGUACAGGCCCGGUGACACAGGCCCUGCUGGGGACCUUGUUUACAUGGGGUUUGACGGCUGCCGGAGCUGCGCUGGUCUUUGUCUUCUCCAGUCGACAGAAACGCAUCCUGGACGGCAGUUUAGGAUUCGCUGCUGGGGUGAUGCUAGCUGCUUCAUACUGGUCGUUGCUGGCUCCUGCGAUCAGCAUGGCGGAGGACUCGAGGAAAUAUGGAGAUUUUGCCUUUGUUCCUGUGGCGGUGGGAUUCGCACUGGGAGCCGCCUUUGUUUACUUCGCAGACCUCGCAAUGCCAAUGCUGGGAGUUGGAUCGGACCCCCACACCGCCUUGGCCCUCCCUCCCGACUUCAAGCUCCAGAAAGAAAGUGAACAUCAGCUGGAGAUGAGCAUCCGGAUAGAUAAAGCUGAAAAUGGAGAGGUGUACCAAAGAAAAAGAGGCUCACAUCCCACCAGCACAGACGUGCAGGAAGCAGGAAGCAAACAACAGGAAGUCACAGAAAGAGCAGGAGGCAGCUGGCGGCGCAUCCUCCUUCUUAUUCUCGCCAUCACCAUCCACAACAUCCCAGAGGGGCUGGCAGUGGGAGUGGGAUUCGGAGCCAUAGGAAAGACUUCAACAGCCACUUUUGAGAGCGCCAGAAACCUCGCCAUUGGAAUCGGCAUCCAGAACUUUCCAGAGGGUCUAGCCGUAAGCUUACCCCUGCGAGGAUCUGGUGUCUCUGUGUGGAAGGCCUUUUGGUACGGCCAGCUGAGUGGGAUGGUGGAGCCGAUCGCGGGGGUCCUGGGGGCCGUGGCGGUGGUCCUGGCUGAGCCUCUGCUGCCCUACGCUCUGGCCUUCGCUGCAGGGGCCAUGGUCUAUGUGGUGGUGGAUGAUAUCAUACCUGAGGCACAAGUCAGCGGCAACGGGAAGCUGGCCUCGUGGAUGUCCAUCCUGGGCUUCGUGGUCAUGAUGUCGCUGGAUGUGGGGCUGGGCUAAUGUCGCCAUGACGACCACGUGACGACAAUGAACUGACUCAAAAGGGACCAAAUACAAUGUUUACAUGGGAAACACUGGCUGCUUAUCAAUAAUAUUUUUUCCAAUUUUGAAGCUGGGACACUUCCAUUCUGUGAUUGUUUGAAGUGGGAAUUUUCAUAGUAAUCAUAUUUAAUAAAAUAUUUGCUUUUAGUCUAUUAUGUUCAUGUUUUUUUUUUAUUAUUAUUAUUAUAUGAACUUGUAAAGCCUUUUGGAUAAUUGGAUUCUACAAAUAUUAAAGGCUCUGUACCUGA